AUGUCAACAAACACCAACACCGACACCACCCCCUUACCCAGCACCCACCCUUCCCUAACCCCCUACACCACCACCACCCCAGCCCAAUACCUCUCCACCAACCCGCACCUCACCAACGUCGUCGUAGCCGCCCUCAUCCUACACAAGCAGCACAACAACAACACCACCACCAAUCGCGUCCUCCUCAUCCAGCGGUCCCCCCGCGACGGCUUCGGCUUCAAGUGGGAAUGCCCCGGCGGCCGCGUCGACACCACCGACGCGUCCAUCUUACAUGCCCUCUGUCGCGAGGUGCGGGAGGAGACGGGGCUGGUGGUAAGUCGAGUGGAGCGGGUGGUGGAGAUGGGUGAGUUUGAUGGGGGUGGGCGGGAGAGGUGGAGGAAGGUGACGUUUUUGGUGGGGGUGGAGGGUUUGAAGUUGGAGGGAAGCCAGGAUGGGUUUCCGGUGGCGAGGUUGAGUGAGGAGGAGCACGUGGGUGCGUUUUGGGCUGCUGAGGAGGAGGUGCUGGCUGGGAGGGUGGGGGAGAGGGAGAUUCAGUUUGCGUAUGAUGCGCAGCGGGAGACUAUUUUGGAGGUGUUUCGGCAGGGGAGGGUGGGAGAUGGGAUGAGUGUGGAAUAA